AUGGCAUACCUAAUGGCAACCAAACGGAUUCGUAUGGAGGAGGCCUAUGAAUACGUGAAAUCAAAGCGCAAAAUAAUUUCUCCAAAUUUCAAUUUUAUGGGACAAUUGCUUGGAUUCGAGACACAAGUCUUCUCUCCGACUAAUCCGUGUCGAGAAAGACAACAGCUAUUAGUGGAGCCGUUGUCUCCAUUAUUAUGUCGAAUAUCGUCCUCUUGUGGAGUGGCGCACAAUGAGGAGAUGACUCCGGGAGACAAAUACAGAGGCAGUUCAGCGCCUUCAUCGCCAUCCAGAAUGAGGAGUGAAUGCGAAAGACUUGUGUUUGACUUCACUCAAGUGCCAAUCAAUACAAUGAAUUCACAGAUUACUACUAGUAUUUCCAAUACAUCUCUCAAGUCUAGUCAACUACUGGACAGUCCAAUCCGUACCUGA